AUGCAUAAAAAUUUUAUAGUCGAGCCUAUUGUUAUACUAUUACAUGUUGAGAAUCAUGUUUCUCCAAGCAAUUUCCUUUUUGCAUUUCUGAAUUGUGUGGUGAUAAUUGAUUGCAAAAGUAAGAAGAAUAGUGUUGAAAAUAAUCACUUCUAUGUCCAUGGAAACAUUUCUUCUUCUUUAAUUCAUAGAGUUCCCAGUAUCAAAUUUUAUGUUCUUGCUGACCCUACCUCCUUGCUUACAUAUAUACGAGAUCAUCUAGAACUCCUAAAUGAAUUUUCGUCGGUGCCUUAUCCUGGUCAAGUUGCUCUUCUAAGGUUUCCUCAAGUUUAUGAUAUUAGAGUUGUUGAUAUUUUGAAGAAUGCUUGUCUAAAUUUCGCAGAUGAUGAGCACUUGCUUAUUAUAUUGCAAGAGGCUUAUGCUACCAACAUGCAAUAUCUUUUCUAUAAUCUUUGGUAUAUAGAAAUCAAUAUUGAUCUUGCUUUACAUUUGCUUGCUAAUUGUCUCUAUGAGAGUUAUGGUUGUGAACUCUUGUCAAAGUUUGAGCAUCAGGUGACACAAGAUGGUUGGAAGAGUAAUAACAUGAAUGGACACGAUGCUCGAAAAACAACAAAUGUUGGUUCAUGGGACACCUUGAUAGCUGCUUAUCUUCAAAAUGGACAGGCUUUGGAAGCUUUUCAACUUUUUCUUCAAAUGAUACGUAGAAACAUUCGAGAGCCAGAGCGUGUAUUAGAAUAUAAUGGCAAGAAUGUUUCAACCGAUGAAGCAAAUGUCUCUGAUGUUAUCAACACAGCUACUGAAGAGCUUGCUGGUACUGCAAAAGGAGUUUCUAACAACCCUUUGGCUUUGACUGUGAAGAAGAACAGUGUGCCUGAUUUAACUAUGAUGGAUCUUAUGGGAAUUACUCGUGUACUUGUUCAUGGUCAGCUAGAUAAUAUCUAUGAUAAAAUCAAGGAUAUCAUCAUGGAGUAUAUAACUCCUGAAGAAAGCAUUAUGUUGAAUGUUCUUUCGGAUACUAUUGAUUUCACAAUAUGUGAGUCCAUUAGGAUGUCUCAGUCUGUUGAUAAAACGGGAUUUGAGAACUUUGGCCUUGGUUAUAUUUGUGUAAGGAAUCGAAUUGGCGAUGAAUCUUACGAAGAAGCUAGAAAUGAAGAGCAUAAGCUUUUUGAGUCUCAUUCGCUCCUUUCCAAAAUAGACAAGUCUAUUGUUGGAUUUCUUGUCCUGGCACAGAAACUUGUUCAUGUCCAAGCUAUGAUUAUAUCAAAAACAUUGUCGGAGAUUACAAAGAAGAUUAAUGAGAAGCUUAAUAAUAAUUUAAAGGAGUUGGAAAAUUUUCCUGCCAAUCUGUCAUCUUUGACAGAUGCUAUGUCUGUUUUUAUGCGAAUUGUUGCUCUUUCUAGAGAUUCUCUUAGAAAUAUUCUUCUGAUUGGAGAUUUUUAA